GCUUGAUUAUUAUUAUUGUUUUAGCGUUCCAGAUAAGUAUAUUUUUAUUUCUAUGACGACUAAAGUUGUUUAUUACAAAUUAUAAUAAACAAAUCACCCUAACGAUUACAACGUGAAAAAUGGACUCACCUAUUAAGCCGUCUAUGGACUACGAAUUGUUUAUGAGCUAUCUGAGAAAGGCCGGAGUCUGGAAGGCAUUGGCUCGAUCUUUUAAGAUGUUGAACAAAGUGUGUACGCGUUCGCAACAGCCAGACAACCCGGUGGAGUUUGUUCGCAAGCACUUGAUGGCCACUAAUAGUGACUUAGAGGCGGCGGACCAAGUACGCCAAGACAUUGCCGAGUGUAAGAAAAUAUUGUUGAUUUUGAAACGUGACAAAUGUGUACUGACUAGAGAUUUAAAUUCUCUUCACCGACGGCUGUACCCGAAACUGAAGAGCGCUGCAUUGGCAACAAUAGAUACUUUGGACUUGGAAACAGCAGACGAAAACGACGACGACAAAGCAUAAUCUAGCUUUAGUAAAAUCGUUGAGUAUUGUAUAAUCUAUGGUAUGGUAUGUUUAUCACGCAGGAAAGAAAUAUCUCACUGUCUGAAUAGUCAACUACACUAAGUAAUAAUUCAAAUCGCGCAUUAAACGGUGUAUUUUCAUUGGCCAAAUAUACAGUUAGCUUACAUUAUAAAUUAUCAUGUCGUUUUUAUUAUUGUUUUCAUAUUCUUUUAGGGUCUAUAGCUGCUAUAGCCUAUGCCUAUGUACGAAGUGAUUCACUAAGAAUCAACUAUAUACUACCUUUGAAUCAAUUAAUUUUCGUUUUUGAUUUUAAUAGCUAGACAUCCGAUGA